ACCAACGCGACCACUUCCGUCAAGCCGUAUCCAACGACACAUCACCACAACCAUGCCUUCAGAACAAGAACUCCAAAUAUCUCCCAUUGUGCAGGAGUCGGUGAUGCACAACUCACGGACCCUCUACAACCUGCAAUCCCUCACCGCCUCCCUCUUCGGCGUGUCCGCCGGCAUCCUGGGCCUUGAGUCAUACAGCGGCUUCCUCUUCUACCUGGUCUUCUCGCUGCUGACGGCCGUGCUCGUUUACGUGCUCCGCGUAGCGCCCACCUCGCUCGCUGGCGGGAAGCCUCCGCUCGACACAAGCAGAUACUUCAGGAGUCCGUUUGAAUUCUGGACGGGCGGGUUGAUGAAUGGGCUGGCGGGUUACAUCUUAACCUGGACGCUGUUUUAUGGGUUGGUGAGGGCAUAAUUGGAAGGGAGGUGCGUAGAGGUGACAUUAAUGGAGAAAAGAGGCGUCACGGCGUUUGUGGGAUUUGUGUGUCCGUCAAGGGAGGAAACAGUGUGCGUCUUGUCCGACUUGGGUAUUACAGGCCUAUCAGGUCAACGAGUUGCCUGAUUUCUUUCAACCUUCGGUUGCAAGAAACAGAGAGUCAAGGAAAGAAACACCGCUAGCGAUUUAUUAAUUGUUGUUGC